AAGACAUGGCGAACAAGAUGGGAACAGCUGUGUCUGCUCCCUUUCGUGAUAUUUUACGAUGUUAUUCAGUAUUAAUCCUUACUAUUUUAUCUUAUGAAUUCGCUUCGGCUUCAGAGGACGAUGCAUUUCGCGCCGGGCAGACGAUGUUGUCCCCGGUGGCUGCAGCAUCACGGGAUGUUCGAUACCUCCUAUAUGAUGUAAAUCCACCCGAGGGCUUCAAUCUUCGCCGAGAUGUGUAUAUUCGCAUGGCCUCUUUGCUGAAGACGUUAAGGAAAGAGGGUGACUGGGUGCUAGUGCUGCCUCCAUGGGGUCGUCUGUAUCACUGGCAGAGCCCUGACAUACAUCAGGUUCGCAUCCCGUGGGGGGAAUUCUUCAGCAUAACCAGCCUGCAAGCUAACAUACCAGUCAUUGAGUAUGAGGAGUUUAUUGCUGAGUCUGGGGGUCCCUUCAUUGACCAGAUCCUUGUGCUGCAGAGCUAUGCAGAGGGCUGGACAGACGGGAAAUGGGAGGAGAAGGUGGAUGAACGAAUGUGCAUUGAAAAGCUAAUGUACUCAAAAGACAAACAGGGUUAUUUCAGAGGCUGGUUUUGGGGUUAUGAAGAGACCAGAGCAUUGAAUGUCACCUGUUUAUCCGCUCAGGGACAUGCCUCUAUCUUGGCUCCUGUUUUACAAAAUAACUUAACCGUCACGUCAGUAAUGCUGGACAGAGCUGAGACUGUUCUGCAUGAUCACUAUGCUGGGAAGGACUACUGGGAUACACGGCGAAGUAUGGUGUUUGCCAAACACUUGCGUAUCAUAGGAGAUGAGUUUAGGGCCAAGUAUCUCAACUCCACAGAUAAACAGGACCAGACGCCGUACAACGAAGACUGGACCAAAAUGAAAAACAGGCUGGGCAGUGCUAAGGGAGGCCCUUACCUGGGAGUCCACUUACGUAGGAAGGACUUCAUCUGGGGGCACAGAGAAGAUGUGCCCAGCCUCAAAGGAGCAGUGAAGAAGAUCCGUAGUCUCAUGAAGAAGCUCAAGCUUCAACAAGUCUUUGUUGCCACCGAUGCAGACGGUGAAGAGCUAGCUAAACUAAAAAAGAUGCUGCCUGAGAUGGUACGAUACGAGCCCACCUGGGAGGACCUAGAGCUCUUGAAGGAUGGAGGGGUGGCCAUCAUAGACCAGUGGAUCUGCGCUCAUGCAAGGUACUUCAUUGGGACAUCAGUUUCAACGUUCUCUUUCAGAAUACACGAGGAAAGGGAGAUCCUAGGUUUCGAUCCUAAAACCACCUAUAACCGAUUCUGUGGUGACGAUGAGAAUGAAUGUGAACAACCAACACACUGGAAAAUUGUCUACUGAUCACACAGAAAACUUGAUCCUGGUUAUACAGACUGCAAAUGAUUUCUCACAUUUAAGAGGAUUCUUUAUAUUUUUAAAUGUUUUUUAAUCUUUUAAAGGAAUAGUUCACUUAAAAAUGACAUUUCCUGAAUAUUUACUCAGCUUUAGGCCAUUCAAGAUGUAGAUGACUCAUCAGAAAAGAUUAGGAGAAAUUUAGCAUUACUUCACUUGCUCACCAAUGGAUCCACUGCAGUGAAUGGGUACCGUCAGAAUGAGAGUCCAAACAGCUGAUAAAAACAUCACAGUAAUCCACAAGUAAUCCACACAUUUUCAGUCUUGAGGUUUUUUUUUAUGUCAAAACACAGUCCUCUAUCCACAAUAUUGCUUUCUCUAGUUAAAAACUGUCUUGUCUGAAUCAGGAGAGAAAUAUGCAGUCCAAAACAUUUCUAAACAAAUUUAUCUGUGAAUUUUGAAGUGAGAGGACAAUGGGGGGUGUAUUCGAGGAAGCGUUAUUAUGGAUUAUGGAGCAGUGUUUUAUCCAGAAGUGGCAAUUUAAAAUUUAAACGGUGUAAUAAUGGAUUUGUUUCUUAUAAACAUUCAGCUAAAGAUGUUAAUUGAUGGAGUUAUGUGGAUUAUUGUGAUGUUUUUUUUUUGUUGGACUACCAUUCUGACGGUAUCCAUUCACUGCAGAGGAUUCAAAUUUCUUCAAAUCUGUUCUGAUGAAGAAACAAAUUCAUUUACAUCUCGGAUGGCCCUGAGGGCGGGUCAUACUUCAGAAAAUUGUAAUUUUUGGGUGCACUAUUUGUUUAAUGCCAGAGCCAAUGGUUUUUGAUUGCCUUAAGGAAGAUAAGGUGAGUCAUAAGCUGAAAAUAUCAAAUGGCUUUUAUCUCGUAUCUUGUGUCAGAUAUGGAAUUUGUAAAUGCUGCUGCUCUGUUCUCACAGUUCUUUGACUUGGAUUGUUGACACUUGAGAUGAACUGUGUAUAACACUGUGAUCGAACCUUUUUGAAAAUGGUUAACAAGAUUUUUCACCCCUGCUCCAGUCUUUGAAGUAUUUUUUUUGUGUAAUGUGCUACUUGCCAAUUAUUUUUGUCACAGCACAUUUUAUGCCUUCGACAAAUAACAGUGUUUAAAUAAUAUUUCUGUCAGUAUUGUGCCUGUCUGCUAUUUGGCCAAACAAAAAUAGUGCUUUCACACACUUUGCCAUACAGUAUUUUUACACUAGUGUUUUUUCCUUUCAUAAGAUUCCCGGGACGUGUAACAAAGCAUGUUCUAGAAUCACUGUCGGUAAAGAUAAGCAUCUGAAAUGGAAGCAUUAGCUUUGUUUUCAAUGACAAGCGGUUGGAGGGUUUUGAUUUGUAUAUUACUUUUGUUGUUUGGAAAUGUACAUUUAUGUUCACCAUUACCAUUCAAAGAUGUACUGUAUAUUCAUCUGUGCUGUUUUUUCUUUAUAUGUUUUUUUUCAGAGAUCACUUGAUGUGAAUGUUGUCAAGUGUUUUUCAUCUUAUUUUUGUGAAAAGAAAUUCCUUAUAAGGAUUUGAACUGAAAAAGUUCAUUUGAGUAAUAGUGGUCUGCUAGGUACAUUAUAAAAGAGGAAAUUUGCUGUA